CGAAAAAAACGUGACUCGGCAGCCUAAGAGCUGUUAUGCAACCGCUGACCUACUAACACAUAUCUGUAGCAGGGGAGCCGGAGAAACUGGAGCAAAGUGUCCGGCAGCGCGCAGCAGACGCACAGAUAGCCCGAGCCAAAAAGGACAGGGACAACAUCCAGCCGAGCCAGUGACUCAUCCGACACCGAGCCGAGCGGCGGCACUCGCACAAACUUAGUUUUAUUUCACGGCUCCUCUCUCUCUUUCUCGCUCGCUCUCUCUUUUUUUUUUCCUCUCCUGGAGGUUUCCUCCUCUGAAGGGACAAUACGGGAAGGAGGAAGCGGGAGCGAGACAGCUUUUGUGUCGGGGAAAGCCUGAAGCUUUUUUCCUUUUUUUCUCCCUUCCCUGCUGCUGCGCCUCCUCCGGGACGCCGAAAGUAACCCACUUAGAGGUCGACAUCUCUAAAGCGGAGUUCUGAAAGAGCCCUGGAGAAGACGUACUGACCUACAUCCCGCAUAAGACACAGCGAGAACCAGAGCAGCGACCUGAAAAGCUCCUGAAGAAGCAGAAAAACUCAGUCACCUGCAACGCUUUGGAGAACUGUGAACUAUUUGAAGAAUCACUUUAAAUAUCCCUACAAUCAAGCACCAACUUUUGUUUCCUGUUUUUCGACACUAAUUUUUCAGAACACUACUUCAAUGUCUGAAGUUUUCGUCGAGUUCCACCUCUUUUUAAUAUUUUUGGCUAAUUUAGAUACUUGAACAAUUUGACCUUGGAAGAUAAGUAAGAGCAAAUCAAUGAGGCAGUCUUUUCAUCAAGCACAAAUACCUCAUCCAGAAGUUUUUACUGAUCCAGCGACAUAGGCCAAACGUUAUACCAACAAAGUAAAAGGCUUGUAUAACUUUUCCGUCUUUUUCACCCCCCCUUUGCCCAUCAAUUGGGUCAUACUGUGGCCCCCAGUUGGAAAAAAAUGGAAAGUCUCAGUCUAAACAUCCCAUCCAACUCCAAUAAAAGCACCAUGGAAGUUGAAGCAUUUUCUCCCUACAAUGGGAGCCUCCCUUCCCCUGGUCCUGAUGGUUCAACACGCAUCAGCCGCCAGCCCAAAGGCUCUAAAUCAACCGUGACCUCACGUCGCAAGCGAGAGUUCAUUUCUGAUGAGAAGAAAGAUGCCUCAUAUUGGGAAAAACGGAGGAAGAACAAUGAGGCGGCCAAGCGUUCGAGGGAGAAGCGUCGCAUCAAUGAUAUGGUGCUGGAGAAUCGUGUCAUGGCACUAAACGAAGAGAACGUCCGUCUGAAGACAGAACUCCUUCAGCUCAAACUGCGCUUUGGUCUCAUUAGUGCAUCUUCCUACAUGGAGAAAAGUCAGCAGAUCUCCAACAGUGCUGCAGAUGGAAACCCAGGUAGCAAUGGGAGUAGCAGCAAUGGCACCCCUAACAGCAACGCCUACCACUCGAGCAGCGGCUACUCCAGUGCGUCCCAAGUGAUGCUGAAUUCUGACUCAUCUGAAGCUGAACAGUCCAGCCGAAGUGAACGCCACACCAUGCUCCAUAAGUACUCCCCUCUGGGCUCUGUGUCUGAUAUGUCUGAUGGUUCUUCCAGAGAUAGCCCUGAACCCAUUGGCUACACCAUCAAGAAGGAGCCCUUGGGAAUGGAGGUGGAAAGCAAUAGAAUUCCCAAUGGAGUUGCCAAUGGGAUACCAAAUGGAGCUUACUGUGGCAACACCACUCUGGUUUCCCCUCACCAGCAAAACACCACAUUAGCUGAAACUGCCAGAGACUACCAGUAUCAUCAGCAGGAGCACCAGCAGUGCCACAUGGAAACCAGUGGUCCUGCUCCUCAGGCCACCUCCUCACAGAGGAGUGUCAUCUUGUACCGUUCCAGCAGUGGCUGUUACCCCAUGGAGAACCAGAAGCUGGAGGACCAGCAGUCCCAGCAGAAUAGACAACCUCAGCAUAUCCUGCACAGUUUGCCCUCAGACUUCUCUGACUGCUCAGUAACCAUCUCUGAGGUUGCAGAGAAGCUCGAGAGGACAAAGACCAUGGACUCACCUCAGUAUGAAUACACCAAUGAUCAUGCCGAGUCCUCCGAGGAGCUCCAGCAAAGAUUCAGUCACAGCACCCACCUGCCAGAUGACGACCACCCCUGCUAUAGCUACCAGGCUCAGGAGAACCGUCUUCAGCACACCGAGAGUCCCCAGAACUCCUUUGCCCCUGAGCUCAUCAGCAGUGAAGAGAGCAAGUCCUUCAUACAGCACAAUGGCUACCUCGGCACACUGGACGAAGAGCCCCCUGUUCUCACCUAUGAAGGAGGGCCCCGACCCGAUGGCUUCUAUCAGGAGAACUCCUCUGCUAAAGACACCUCCUCAAGCGAUGGAGACCCUCGUAGCUCUGAUAAAGAGGGCUCCACCGAUGACGAAUCCCCCUCAUCGUCAUCCUCAGACAUCAGCAACUACCACCAGAAGGCAGAGGGAGCUGGCGGUUUGCACAGCGAAUACCACACAGAGGUCCAAGUCACUGCCCUGCCUCACAAGCUCCGUCUCAAGUACAGAGCUCUGUCCAACGGGGCAGCUGGAGCGCAGGUGGAGGGACUGGUCUCCAACUCUAUGUCCCCUUCUCCCACUCUUCCCCAGCACCCCUACUUAGCCCUGCCCAGCAACCCUUCCAAUGGCCAGUCCAACGGAGAGGGCAAAGAGACUGAGACUGAGUAUGUGGAAGAAGUCAAGGCCGAGGUGAACGACAGGGCAGAGGCUAAAAAGGAAGGAGGGAAGAAGGGAUCUAUCGGUGGAAGAAGUGGACGGAAUAAGAGGCGAGAUUAAGAACAAACAUAAGCAGCUUGUGUAUUUUCCUGUCAACUCUGUCAUUCGAUGAAACUAGACAGCUACAACUCACACUGGCACUUUGCAGGACAGGCAGUGAUCUAUGUGAGGUGUAUUUAGCACUGCGUGAAAACGUCAGUAUCAGGAUAUGCGAAAUCCCAGAUCUGUGCUUUGGAGGAAGACGGACAUCCUUCCUCCAGAGCGUGGUGUGUUUCCAACUACGAAGGAGAAUUUCUCACAACCAGAUAGUGAAGUUUUCUUUCAUAUUUCACCAUCAGAUUCACUGUGUCACCUGUAACUCCUUCCUUUACUCUCUCCUACCUCCCUAUAAUCCCUCAAAAUUAAAAUAGCAGAUUAAGGAGGGAUGGAUGAAACUCCAGAGUUGGAGUUUCCCUUGAGGAAAAUUCAAUUAUUCAUUUUUAUUAACUGCCUUAUUGGCUGGUCAGUCUAUAUUGUGGCAUUAUGGGAGCAUUCCUUUUACCAAAGAUAUGCAUAUUUCCUUUAUCGUCUCCCUUUUUUUGUCAGUUCUUUCCCCCAUUUACCUACUUUUAUCACCAUUAGCCUGGUCAAUUGAACUGGAUUCAAACAACCAUCAGCACACAAGUCCCCUUCACUCCCAAAGGCACUUAGAUUGUAUAUUACUGUGAAAUAAAUUUGCAGAUAUAAAAUAUAUAUUUUGAGAAAAAAAUGUGGCAAAAACAAACAAAAAAAAUUAGCAAAGAAACGGGAUGUGGUAAAAGACUUCCAAGUUAUACGUGUUGUUUUGAAACUUCUUGUACAGUCCUGUUUUUUUAUUCUAAUAAAUGCCUCAAAAUGUUUCUUUUACUAAAACUGUGAGCUACUACUCGUAAAAAAAAGAAGACAGGUACAUUUGUUCUCAGACUGUGUUCAGCUUGUCCACUCGUUCACGAUGAACAAAACAGCCGUUUCUGUUGGAAACUCAGAAUGUAAUCUUUCACGAUGUUAUGUGGUUCUGUAGACGUUUGUGUCAUGUGAUACACGGAGAAGGUCAGUUAAAAUAGACUGUAGAUCUAGGAACAAAAUUGACCUUGCAUGGUAAUGUUAGCAUUAGCAUGCUAACCAUUUUCUUUUGUGUUAGCAUGCUAAUGUUAGCUGUGUCAUGCUAGUGUCAGGACUAGUGUUGGCACUUGUGUGCUUACAUUUAUGCGUUGUAGAGUUAGCAUUGUAAUGUUAGUAGUAGUGGCUCAGUGAUCUGAGGAUGGUGUUAGCAUCCCAAUGUUAGCAUUUGUUAAUACUAGUUUUCUUAACCCGUUUAAUCCCGAAUUUUUAUCUGCAAAAUAAGUGCAUGCAUUUCAAUCCUUGGACCUCCCUAAUACAUGAUAGGCCUAUUUAUGAAUGAUUACAUUUUAUGUAAUUAUUAUUACAUUUUCAUGUUAGUGAGAAUGUACCUUUUAUACUGAGCAACCAUUGUUGCUGGUGGGAAACUGCAUAUUCUAAAUUACACAAAUCUGGCCUAUUUAUACACAUAAAAAAAUAAGAAAAAUCAUGACAUGCAUAACUUUGCUCAAAGUUAUGAGCAUAUAGCACAGUGCUGUCUAUCUAUUAUGAUAGCGGCGACAAUUGUUGCCACACUUGAAAGAACAUAUGUACAAAAUAUUUUAUUUAUAUUUUUUUUAUUAAAGUAUUUUACUGACUUUUACAACAAUUCUUUUACAGCUUCCAGAAGUUAAAAAUGUCUGGCAACAAUUGUUGCCGGUGGGAUUAAAGGGGUUAACUAAUAAUUGCUAUUCAAAGACUGAAAAUGUCUUAAUUCCUGCAAUUCCCAGUCAGAAUGACCUGAAGCACUUCUGAAAGUUUUAAGUUCCAGCAGAUGAUAAAGAUGUCAAAAAUACAUUGUAAAUACCUGUAAAUGAGCCCAAUUUCAACUAUAUGCUCAUAGGUUUAUUUGCACACAUACAACAGUUUUAAAAACUGUUGUUUUGUAUGAGAUGUUUCACAGCUUUCCAUGGGUCUUAUUUGCAUUUGUUUAUAUUGAAGUUACACUCUUUAUGUUGCUUAAGUGGAUACAGUAAAGAAAAGUAAAAGCAGUUUUGUGUCACAUUUAUGUUUGUGUUGUAAAUGCACUUGAUGUUAAUUCUGUUUUCAGCCUCAACAUUAUCUCAUGCUGUCCAUCGUCUCAUAUUUAGGGAUGCUUCUGCAGGUAUCAAUGAGUUUUCAAACUCAUUGGAUGUUAAGCACAUGUUCUUAACGUCCGCCUGAUUUUGACCAAACUGAUGCUUGAUGUAUUUAAUGAUCCUACACAACAUGUGUCAGAGUCAAUUAGAAGAAAACUGUUAAUUCGAGUCACUGAUUAGUUAGUUCACCAGUACUUAGGUCUUUAUAUGAGUGAACGAGUGGACAUUUCGAACACAGGUUUAAAGUGGGAUUCUUGCUCAAACCAUCUGCGCUCCUUGACCAGUUUUUUUUUUUUUUUUUCAUAUCAAUUAAGGCAACACAUGGCCUUUAGCUGAACCUGACAAGCACAAGCCUUGUUAGCAGUUCAUCCAGCAAAAUCCAUUGAAUCCAUCAAACAAACCGUCUCUCCAAUCACAACCAGCAAAGCUGCUCUCUUUUGGAUAAGGUGCCUCUUUAUUGUUGUUCCUCGUCCCCAUGUUGGCCAAUGUCUUAGACCCCUUUCAACUCUGCACUGAUUUGUUUUAGCUACAGUAGCUGCAGUAGAUGAUGCGGUAUUUAAACUGUUUUACUUCCUGGUGCCUGCCUCUGGCCGCUAUGUAUAAAUGUAAAGUUGUCUCUAUCUCUUGUAUACUGCUGUCUUUAUUAUUUUUAAUAAUAUUUUAUCAAUACUGUUUUUUUUUCUAUUCUAUUAUUGUGUGUAUUUUUCAGCCACUUGUUUCAUUCAUGCUCUAAGCUCUUCUUGUUGUGCGGUGUAUUUACCCAUUGCUACCCUUUGCUGCAGUUACCAUUUGUAUUCUGUGUUACUGUAUAAUCUUUGUCUUUUGCCUAAAGGCUUCCUAAAAGUGGAGAAAAAAAAAUAAAAAUAAACAUCUUGUUCAGAAGUAA